AUGAAAUUUAAAAUAUUUAUUGAUAAAAUUAUCAUUAAAUAAAGUGCGAGUUAUCAAUUUUUUUUGUGUUAAUGUGUUUAAUUACAUUUGUAUUGUUGUAUGGGAUAUUUCCUUGCUAAAGAUUUUUUUAGUAUUAUCCGCCUGGUGGUAAAUGUCCCAUUUAAUGCUAAGACUAUUGUUGUUACUAUUGUUAAACCUGACCCUGUUGUUAAGAUUAGUGAUUCAUACCAUAAACUUAAUUAUUGGAGGGAGGAGGAGCGUUUCCUGGAAUAUUUUAGUUUGAAUUGGCUUGCUAAUGAGAAUAUUAGUGCUAUUAUGGACGAUAAUUCAUUCCCGAUUAAUCUUGUUAAGAUCCACUAUGAUUUAAUUAUGGUGUUUGUGACUAAGGCUAACCGUUAGGUUGAGGUUACUACCCAGAUGAUGGGCCAUACAUACCUUAAUAGCCACCGCUUUGAUUUGAAGACGGCAUUCCACUCAUAUGACCUGAAGAAUUCAUAACAGUUUAGGGUGCUCCCUAAGAACCCUAAGAAUUUUGCAUAUUUUGAUUUGCAGGUGCAUUGUUUUAACCAGAAUGAUAACUGUGAAUUUAAGAAUUGUAAUGCUAAGGUUGAGUAGCAGGAGGCUAUGAACUCGAACUGUGAUGAUCCAUACCCUCUUAAUAUUGGUUGCUGA